GCGCGUUGUGUCCCCUGCUGGCUUGGCCGUCGCCUGCUUACUUGCAGUUCUUCGGUGGCUGCGAGCAGGACACUGGGUUCCCAGGGAGCCGCCCAGGAGCUUAAUGAUUGCCCAGACAGUGGCUGUAAAGGGAGCUGGGGAGCCCAGCACUGGACACAGAGACUGAAAGCCCCAACUCAGCAGUUUAGGUGCGUGACCAAGAACUGGCAGGCAGGCUUGUGGUGCCCGGAGCAUCUGGAGUCCCAGAAGGCAGGGCAGGGCCCCCUGCUUCCUCCCAGUGGACAUCAUGGUUACCCGGAGCUAUGGGUAUUACCGGACUGUGAUUUUUUCUGCCAUGUUUUGGGGCUACAGUCUGUAUUACUUCAACCGGAAGACUUUCUCCUUUGUCAUGCCGUCACUGGUGGAAGAGAUCUCGCUAGACAAGGAUGACUUGGGACUCAUCACCAGCAGCCAAUCAGCAUCGUAUGCCAUCAGCAAGUUUGUGAGUGGGGUGCUGUCUGACCAGAUGAGUGCCCGAUGGCUCUUCUCAUCCGGGUUGCUGCUGGUUGGGCUGGUCAAUGUGGCCUUCUCCUGGAGCUCUACAGUGUCUGUCUUUGCCACCCUGUGGUUCCUUAAUGGGCUUGCCCAAGGGCUGGGCUGGCCCCCCUGUGGGAAGGUGCUUCGAAAGUGGUUUGAGCCAUCCCAGUUUGGUACCUGGUGGGCCAUCCUGUCAACCAGCAUGAACCUGGCUGGAGGGCUGGGCCCCAUCAUGGUCACCCUCCUGGCACAGAACUACAGCUGGCGUAGCACUCUGGCACUUUCAGGGGCAAUAUGCGUGGUCGUCUCCUUCCUCUGCCUCCUCUUCAUCCAUAAUGAGCCAGCAGAUGUUGGGCUACAAAACCUCGAUACUGCCCCCAAAAAGAGCAAGAAAGGCUCCCAGGAUGAUGAGAGCAGUUUACAGGAACUGCUGCUGUCCCCAUACCUGUGGGUUCUCUCCACUGGCUACCUGGUGGUGUUUGGGGUAAAAACUUGCUGCACAGACUGGGGCCAGUUCUUCCUUAUCCAGGAGAAAGGGCAGUCAGCCCUUGUGGGCAGCUCCUAUAUGAGUGCCCUGGAGAUUGGGGGCCUUCUGGGUAGCAUUGCAGCUGGCUACCUCUCAGACCGGUCCAUGGCAAAGGCGGGGCCGUCGGUAUAUGGAAACCCACGCCAUGGAUUGUUGCUCUUCAUGAUGGCUGGGAUGGUUGGGUCCAUGUACCUCUUCCGUGUCACAGUCACUAGUGACUCCCCCAAGCUCUGGAUCCUGGUGCUGGGUGCCAUCUUUGGUUUCUCCUCCUACGGUCCCAUCGCCCUGUUUGGGGUCAUUGCCAAUGAGAGUGCCCCUCCCAAUUUGUGUGGUACUUCCCAUGCCAUCGUAGGGCUAAUGGCCAAUGUGGGUGGAUUCCUGGCUGGGCUACCUUUCAGCACCAUCGCCAAGCACUACAGCUGGAGCACUGCCUUCUGGGUGGCAGAGGUGACCUGUACCAUCAGUACCGUGGCCUUCUUCCUCCUCAGAAACAUCCGAACCAAGAUGGGUCGGCUGCCAAAGAAAGCUGACUGAAGGCAGGGCUGGGGACAUCCUUUGGUGCCUGUGUGUGCUCCCUGGUCUCUCCCUGGCACUGAGCCUCUGGCUUCCCUUUUCUGCCUUUUUGCCCCAUGUAGGCAGUGGGGUUAUCAUCAUAAAACAGGGCUCCAGUUCCCAA